UGUUUAUUAUCCACCUGACGAUAUGAAAGUGUUUUGGAUCAUCUUAGAUCUCAGGUAUGCGUUCUUUUCAUUUCGAGGCGUAAAUUUAGUGCUCUGUCAGUCUUCGAUUUCAUAUUUUGAAUUAAUUUAUACAUUAACUUGGCAGACUUUGGUGACGUACCAGGAUUACUCAAGACGAACGCUUGGAGAUUUCUCAUUUCAAAUCUAUAUCCAAGAGCAACUAUAUUUUAUGUGAAAAGGCUCCUCUUCCCUCCAAUCACCUUACAUUAGGCUUAUUUUUGCUAAAAACAUUUCUCAAAAUUUCUCAAAAAGCAAAAUUAUGUAAAUUUACAGCAAGUAUGGGUCUGAAGAUUAUUUGUCUUUAUACAAAAUUAUCCUUUAUUCUAACCUUAAAUCCGUUUAUUGAAGGUUUCAGCUCAAGUCAUCCUCCGCAUUUAGCUCUUAAGUCUCAUGCUUGUGCUACUCUGAAAUGUCUGGAUCAUUUGUCAGAGGUAACCAUUGCAAGAUCCUAACUUAUCUUUUCAAGAGCAUUUGUCGAAGAUGGGAGUUGAAAUUAUUAUGGUGCAAGAGCCAGAUAAUUUACCAAUUAGGGCUAUAACUUUUAGAAUUAUUAGUAGUCCUAUCAGUUCUUGAAUAUUUUUACUCCUAAUAAUAAAGGUAGAUAUGCAAGGGAUGUAUGGCUUCUAUUGUAUCCUUAAGUUGAGAAGCAGAUUUUUCUUCCUCAUAUUUAAAAGGAAAUAUAUGAAAUAUAUUUAAUAGACACUUCAUUCGAUACUUCUAUUAAAUUUUACUCUAUUAAGUUUUACUCUGUUAAGUUUUGCUCUAUUAUCUUACAGCCUGCUCAGUCUUGGAUACAUUAAUAAUAGUUAUGACGCUUCUAGUGAUAAGUUGAGUAAAUAUUUUUCAGAGCAUCAGAAAGCUUACCAACCUGAAGAAAUAGAGUCACCUUUUUAUUUAAAAUCUCUAAGCUCCGAAGAGAAUUUCCAGAACAACUUUUCCAUCGCUUAAAAUCUCCACAACGAAAGAGUUGAUAAACACCUUGUGUGAAGAAUGUAAGAUGGUAGGCUAAGUAAUGGUCUCGCUUGCAAAUAAUUAGUUCUUGGAAAGCUCAUUAAGUUCAAAUUAUAUUUUAUUGCCUAAAUUUUCUUUCUGUAGACCUAAAUUUUCCAUUAUCAAACGUAAAAUUUUCACAAAUGUUAUUUUAAGAAAUAUGGAGAUUUUUAGGGCAUGGUUAUCACC